UUUAGAUCUGUCAGCAACGUUCUGCAAAACCUGCAACCUUACAGAUUCAUUCUACAGACACUUGUUGGAGAGCGACGGCAACUUUAUAUUGAGAUUGGUGUGAAGUUGAAGAGAGAAUAUAGGCGUGGGCUGGGAAGCCCGUGAUGGAGGGAGAAGGAGGAAGAGAAGAGGAGGAUGGUCCGAAGCCUCGGAAGAGGGAUGGCAAGGGACCAGUAUGGAGAGUAUAUUUCAUGGCGUGCCUUCUUUGCUGCGCUCGGAAGCCAGAGGUGGAUGAGGAGGGGCAAGGGGAGGGCAAACCUGCUGCCACCAAGGGCUUCAAGAGGUGGACAAACAAAACCAGCGACAAGGACUCAGGAAUCAAGACAAAAAACUCUCAGCAUAAUGGCCAAAAAACAGAAAAACAGAAAAAGAAGACAAGGGCCCUGGUACGGUGGAUUAACCGCCGCUUCAAGGCCCAACCCGACAUGGACAGCAAAUUGGGUGUGCAUAUGAGCACAGAAGAGAGGGCGAUAUGCAGAGAGGAAGCCCAGAGGAGGGAGAGAGCCUGCCUGGAGGCCUACCGGUGCCAGCAAGCAAAGGAAGAGGCCAGACAGGAGACCAUCAGAAACAUCCAAAGGAGCCGCAAGGCGAAGGAGGCGGCUCUGCAGAUCUUCAGCUCCCUCCCUCCCAGCCAGGAAGAACACACUAGGCCCCUGACAUCCAAGGAGGUCAUCAGCGGUGACUCGUGGACCAGGCGUAACAGAGAAAGGAACAGGAAAAAAUGGCACAAUCUACUUUUUGGCAUGAUGAAGGCGCAAAUCCGGAAAGAUUUGGAAGAGGUCAAGCAAAGGGAGAUGGCGGUCAGGCGAAGGGAGAUGCCAAGGCAAAUGGAGAACGACAUAGAAGAGGCCAAGCGAAGGGCAUGGGCUAGGGUCGCCCGCCAACGCGGUCACGAGAAAGACCAGCUCAUUGAUUUGAAAGGCUGCAGAAACGAGCUCAUUCAUCUGAUCUUGGCCGUGGCCUUUUUCGCUUUGCCAAUUAUCUGGCUCUUUGGUGACUGAUGACUGCCAUCUUACAUCAUGGUCACAGGUUACAUUUAAUUGACAAUCAUCCAUCUACACUACGUCCCUGCAAUGAUUAUUGAUAAACAUUUCCAAUUAAAGUUCAUGUAUUUUCUUCAA